AUGCCGGAUCCAAAGCCUCAGCCCGUGCCGAACGCCGAUGAUGCGAACACCACGGAGGAGGAGGCCGAGGAGGGCGAGCCCUUGAUCGGAGCCAGGCCCCAGGUUAAGAACGUCCACGAGGUAGAUGUUCUGAAGGUGCAGGAGAGCCGCCGGCGCUGGAGCCUUAACAUCCUAGGAAACUGCCUUGGCCUGCUUGCCGGAAUUUUAUGCGGCAUCGCCAUUUUUGUCGCCGGUACCCUUUGGGAGAAGCACAUGAUGGUUUCCAGUGGAGAGAAAACUGCCCACCCUGCCGGUGCUUUGCAACCACCUGUUACAAGUCCAAGCGUUGGAGCCCCUGAUGCCCAAGACCUGCAACCUGCCGCAACCCGGCCGACGACGGCGGCAGCGAGGACGGCGGCGACGACGGCGGCGACGACGACGGCGGCGACGACGACGGCAGCGACGACGACGGCAGCGACAACGCCGGUGCUGCCUCCUGCGACUCAGGCCAAGCUUGGCCUGUUCUCGGCUGACGACUACAGGUAUCCCCAUGAUCCCAGCAGCAGUGCUUUCAAUGCGAAGGCCAUGGAAUGCCUCAGACAAACGAAUCCUGACCUCGAGCGCUUUGAGUACCCUGCAGAUGCUGAAGAGCACUUCGAAGAGUUGAAUCGAACCAUGAGCCAGUUCACCAAAGGGGUGAAACCACUCUGCGGCAAAAUCUCAGCUGGCUACUGCGGUCCAUGGAUUGAGAACUACUGGAUCAAUCAGUUCAGUGCCAUAUGGAAGAACCGCAAGAAUGGAACACGGCUUCGGGAUAUCUUUGGGCCGUAUAUUCCGAUCAUCUUUCCUUUUCUGGAUAUCUUUAUUCCACAUUUUUAUCGGUACCCGAAAGGUACCCUUGAAACUCUGAACCAAACACUGCGACCCAAUGUGCUGUACCUAGCCGUCUCUCAGUGCGACGAUGGCAUCUUUGGCCAUUGGCCAGACCGGAAGCUCGUUCCAUUCAGGCAGACGGACUUCCCAAAUAUGAUGGUGCUGAGUUCAGGUGGCUACGGUCAUGUCCCCUUGCCAUUAUUCAAGCAGAUUGAAGCGCCGGUUCAAGCGGCCCCACUACCAGAGCGGACGUAUGCGGUUUCCUUCAUGGGCUCAUUAGAUCAUGGGCCAAAAGGCUCCCGGCCAACCAUGAAGGCCAUGGCAGAAAGAUGGGGCAAACUGAGGAAUAAAACCGUGAGGAUAGGUAAGGGCAGCGACUGGAAGGAGGUCAUGACGAACACGACCCUGAAUCUCUCUCCCCGUGGUUUCGGACGGAAUGCAUACCGGACAGAGGAGCUGUUUCAGAUGGGGUUUAUCCCAGUCUACAUCCAUGAGAAGGGCCCGUGGCUCUUCUACCGAGAUCUUUGGACCGAGGAGAAAAUCGGUUUCUUCUCCUCGCCCGGGGGUCUGGAGUCUACCUUGGAUCAUGCCUUCUCCGACAUGCAAAAGCUCAUGGACAUGGAGAGACGAAUCCGGGACAUGCGAGAGACGCACUUUAUGCCCUUGGGCGUGAUGGACCAGAUCUCGAAGUUCAUGACAGAGCGGGACGGCGGUGGCGACUUGAGGUGUGAACCUUUGCCGGAUAGCAUCAUAUGA